AUGCCUGCUUACGUGGAGAUUUUCAACAGGAUCAAGCCAACAAUUGAAUUUGGAUUAUCCUUGCUGACACUGAAGACUGAAAAUGUGUCUAUGUUGAGUCGUUACAUGGUUUAUAUGACAAUUGGAUCGAUGACAUUGAAUUGCAUUUCAACGUCUGUGCACAUUGUUAGGAGUUUUCAAGGCGAAAUUUCGACCAAUUUCAUUCUAUCCACGAUGGGAUUGGUUGGAAUAGCCCAGCCGCUGCUGAAGACUCUCGUGAUACGACCACAUCGGAGGCGUUUGUAUGAAAUCCUGAACUGGGCUGAGGCGCUUCACCACGAAGAGAUCUCUGAUCCUCAGCUGAGGAGCAUAACUCAAGAUUGCCUCACGAAGUUCAGUGAGAUAUGGAUCACUAUCUACAAAAUCGGAAUAGCAAGCUACAUUCUCACCACAUUGGGCUUAAGUGGAACAAACUACAUUAGAGGACGAGAAGGAAUCAUCCUGGCCUUUCCAUUCAUCCCAGAUGACUAUGCUUACUGCACGGAGAUUGUGCUCACUGUUCAGUUGAUUGCAAUCUCUUUUGCUUGUGCCGGAAAUUUAUACAAUGAUCUCAGCAUAAUGUUUGUGGGUUUUGAAAUAAUGGCGGCUCUGGACAUUCUCAAUGACUAUAUAGAAGCAAACAAAGAUUGCAUUCAAGCGAAUGCGAACUUCCUGAAGGCAAUAACAAUUCGAUAUUGGGACGUGAUAUCGCAUCUGAAGAUGCUAAACACCACAAUUUACAUGAUGUCCUUGAUGCAAUUCUCCAUGAGCACUUUUAUGACCAUGACGAUUCUCUUGUACAUCCGAAUGAAUCCAGCAAAGAUGGAUGGAUACAUAAUGGUGAUGGUUAUUCUGUCUCAGCCCUUUUGCUUGUGCUUCUACGGGGAGUUCUUUAGGAUCAAGACGGACAGGCUGUCAACGAGUCUGUACCUCACCAAUUGGUAUGAUUUGAGCUUGAAGGAGCAGAAAUGCUACUCAAUUGUCCUCGCCAUGGCUCAAAGGCCGUACGGCAUGAAAGCUGCCGGUCUGUAUCAAAUCAAUAUGCGCACGUUUAUUGAGAUCAUGAAAAUGGCCAUCUCUUACUGUGCCAUUCUCUACACAUUCAGCAGCAAUUAG